CCUGCCUGUCUCCCUGAUGCCUUUUCAGCACCAUGGACAAGAGCCAUUAGGAGCGGUUCAGCUCUGCCAAGCCUUUUUCGCGGGCGUCACCCUAAAAACAACAGAGGGGCAACAGCCACCCCGUCUCCUUUAAUAGGGGUGACUGAACACUCCAAUACAAAGGGACAUUAGAGGGAAAAGCGCUUUGGGGAUGCGCGUCAAGGGACCACGGUAGCCAAUCUGCUUGAGCACGUAGAUGCUCGUAAUUCACGACCCCCCUUUGCUGUCUCGCGCAGUGUUCUUGCUGACUCAGUGCCUUACAGCAGUGCUCCCUGUUCUCUCCGCGCAUCGACCAGAAACUGCGACGCAGGCUCCCUCCAGUAGCCUAGCCCACUUCUUUCACCACCAACGCCGCACAAACUGACAGACAUGGCUAAAACAGCAAUUGCGUACAAAGAGAAGAUGAAGGAGAUGUCUGUCCUGUCUCUCCUCUGCUCCUGCCUGUACCCAGAGACACGCAAGAACCUGGUGGGAGAGUUCCAAGUAGCAGGCAUGGAGGUGAAGCCCAUCAACAAGCGUGCCUCUGGCCAGGCCUUCGAGGUGAUCCUGAAGCCCCCCUCUCCGGUGUCAGACGCAGCCCACUGUGUCACCUCGCCCCCUAAGAGGGAGGUCUCUCUGGAGGACAUCCAGAAGAAGCUGGAGGCCGCUGAGGACCGGAGGAGAUCCCAGGAGGCCCAGGUUCUCAGGGCCCUGGCAGAAAAGCGGGAGCACGAGAGAGACGUGGUGAUGAAGGCCAUGGAGGAGAACAGCAACUUCAGCAAGAUGGCAGAGGAGAAGCUGACCAUGAAGAUGGAGCAGAUCAAGGAGAACCGCCAGGCCUACCUGGCCUCCAUCAUGGAGCGCCUGCAGGAGAAGGAGAGGCAUGCCCAGGUGGUGCGCAGGAACAAAGAGCUGAGGGAAGAGCUGACAGCGUGAGCAGGCGUGGGGCGCCACAAACCAUCGUACCCCCCCCCCUACAGCCACCCUCCUGUACCCUGUACUCCUCCGCCCCCUCCCAAGGGACUCCCCUGACAACCCCACUUCUACAGCACCCCCAGCGUCAGAAGACCCCCCCCAGAGUGAGGUGGAGGACCCACCGGCACCCCACACCAACAGCAUUAGCAAAUGGGGGGAUUGCAAAAAAAACGACCAAAAUGUCACCCCCCCCCUCCCUAAUAAAUAAUGUUUUUGCUCGAUUUCAAAUGCUGAAAAAAGAAAAGAUGAAAAGCCAACCAAGUUAUAGUGGGUAUUGUUUUUUGUAAAUACUUAUGUUUUUGUUAUAUACAGUAGGAUAGUACAGCAGAAGUAUUGCAGUGUGCCAUUUUAGCAUUUUCUCUAUCUAUGGAUGUACUUUUAUUUUAUUUUUUUCUCAAACAAAAAUCGUUUGCAGUUUCUCUCGUACUAUAAGGCUUCUGUGUUGUUGUGAGUUCGCCAGCUAGCCGACGUGCGUUUGCGCUGGUUAUUUUCUGACCAUGUUUGUUUCUGUGUCAGUCAGUCAGUCAGUCAGUCAGUCAGUCAGUCAGUGUGGGGAUGAUGAUAAUACAGGCUGCUCAUUGACUUCCAGGAGAGAGACUAGCUAGACAUCAG